AUGGUCAUGGCGGAUGGCCCGAAGCACUUGCAGCGCGGGCCGGUCCGGGUGGGGUUCUACGACAUCGAGGGCACGCUGGGCAAGGGUAACUUCGCUGUGGUGAAGCUGGGGCGGCACCGGAUCACCAAGACGGAGGUGGCGAUAAAAAUAAUUGAUAAAUCUCAGCUGGAUGCAGUGAACCUUGAGAAAAUCUACCGAGAAGUACAAAUAAUGAAAAUGUUAGACCACCCACACAUCAUCAAACUUUAUCAGGUAAUGGAGACCAAAAAUAUGUUGUACCUUGUGACAGAAUAUGCCAAAAAUGGAGAAAUUUUUGACUACCUUGCUAACCAUGGCCGGUUAAAUGAGUCUGAGGCCAGGCGCAAAUUCUGGCAAAUCCUGUCUGCUGUUGAUUAUUGUCAUGGUCGGAAGAUUGUGCACCGUGAUCUCAAGGCUGAAAAUCUCCUGCUGGAUAGCAACAUGAACAUCAAGCUAGCAGAUUUCGGUUUUGGAAAUUUCUUUAAAAGUGGUGAACUGCUGGCAACAUGGUGUGGCAGCCCCCCUUAUGCAGCCCCAGAAGUCUUUGAAGGGCAGCAGUAUGAAGGACCACAGCUGGAUAUUUGGAGCAUGGGAGUUGUUCUUUACGUCCUUGUCUGUGGAGCUCUGCCUUUUGAUGGACCGACUCUUCCAAUUUUGAGGCAGAGAGUUUUAGAGGGAAGAUUCCGGAUUCCGUAUUUCAUGUCAGAAGAUUGUGAGCACCUUAUUCGAAGGAUGUUGGUCCUAGAUCCGUCCAAACGGCUAACUAUAGCUCAAAUCAAGGAGCAUAAAUGGAUGCUCAUAGAAGUUCCUGUACAGAGACCUGUUCUCUAUCCACAAGGGCAAGAAAACGAGCCAUCCAUUGGGGAAUUUAAUGAACAGGUUCUGCGAUUGAUGCACAGCCUUGGAAUAGAUCAGCAAAAAACCAUUGAGUCUUUGCAGAACAAGAGCUAUAACCACUUUGCUGCCAUUUAUUACUUGUUGGUGGAGCGCCUGAAAUCACAUCGGAGCAGUUUUCCUGUGGAGCAGAGACUCGAUGCCCGCCAGCGGCGGCCUAGCACCGUGGCUGAACAAACAGUUGCCAAGGCUCAAACUGUGGGGCUCCCCGUGACCAUGCAUUCACCGAACGUGCGGCUGAUGCGAUCUGCCCUCCUCCCACAGGCGUCCAAUAUGGAGGCCUUUUCAUUCCCGGCAUCCGGCUGCCAGGCAGAAGCAGCAUUUAUGGAAGAAGAGUGUGUCGACACACCAAAGGUAAAUGGCUGUCUGCUGGACCCCGUGCCUCCUGUCCUAGUGAGGAAGGGGUGCCAGUCGUUGCCCAGCAACAUGAUGGAGACCUCCAUCGAUGAGGGGCUGGAGACAGAGGGAGAGGCCGAGGAAGACCCCAGCCAGGCCUUUGAUGCGUUCCAGUCCACACGCAGUGGGCAGAGACGGCACACUCUGUCGGAAGUCACCAACCAGCUAGUCGUGGUGCCUGGUUCAGGGAAAAUUUUCUCCAUGAGUGACAACCCCUCCCUUGACAGUGUGGACUCUGAGUAUGAUAUGGGGUCUGUUCAGAGGGACCUGAACUUUCUGGAAGACAACCCUUCCCUGAAGGACAUCAUGUUAGCCAACCAGCCCUCCCCACGCAUGACAUCUCCCUUCAUCAGUCUGAGACCUGCCAACCCGGCCAUGCAGGCUUUGAGCUCCCAGAAGCGAGAGGCCCACAACAGGUCACCAGUGAGCUUCAGAGAGGGCCGCAGGGCGUCAGAUACCUCCCUCACCCAAGGAAUUGUGGCAUUUAGACAACAUCUUCAGAAUCUGGCUAGAACCAAAGGAAUCCUAGAGUUGAACAAAGUGCAGCUGCUCUACGAACAAAUAGGACCAGAGGCAGACCCUGACUUGGCCCCAGCCACUCCUCAACUCCAGGACCUUGGUGGCAGUUGUCCUCAGGAGGAAGUUCAGCAGCAGAAAACGGUCCCCGCUGUGCCCAACAGUGUGCGUCCUCAGCUUUCGCCACGGCAGAGCCUUGAGGCCCAGUAUCUCCAGCACAGACUCCAGAAGCCCAGCCUUCUGUCAAAAGCACAGAACACCUGUCAGCUUUAUUGUAAAGAACCACCACGGAGCCUUGAGCAGCAACUGCAGGAACACAGACUCCAACAGAAGCGCCUCUUCCUGCAGAAGCAGUCUCAGCUGCAGGCGUACUUCAAUCAGAUGCAGAUCGCCGAGAGCUCAUACCCGCCGGGCCAGCAGCUGGCCCUGCCCCGCCAGGAGCCGCCCGCACCAUCUUCACCACCACCCCCCCCUUUCAGCCUGGCCCCGUCCCUGAGCCCUGUCCUGGAGCCUACCACCGCCGAGCAGAUGCAGUACAGCCCCUUCCUUGGCCCCUUCCGAGAGCUGCAGCUGCAGCCCCUGCCUCCGGCCCCUGGCCCCCGAGCCCCUCCACUGCCGCCACCGCCCCCACCACCGCCCCCUCCCCAGCAGGCAGGGGCCACCCCGGCACCCCUCCCGUUCUCCUACCAGACUUGCGAGCUGUCCGGGGCAGCAUCCCCUGAGCCAGACUACCCACCUCCCUGCCAGUACCCAAUGGACGGAACCCAACAGGGCAGCCUGGCCACACAGGACUGUCCACAGCGGAGCUCAGGACUGCAGGAGGCCACCUCCAGCUAUGACCCACUCACCCUCUCCGAGUUCCCUGGACUCUUUGAUUGUGAGAUGCUGGAGGCUGUGGACCCACAGCAUGGCGGCUACGUCCUGGUGAAUUAGCGUCGGCACUGGAGUAAGGCAGGUCAAGUGAAGGAAGAAUGGGGAUUUCUAUUUUUAUUCCAGCCUUUUAAAUUUAAAGCUUAUCUUCCUGCCCUCUCCUAAAUGGAGAAAAAUUAAGUUGCCCGACUGGAAUCCAAGGGCCUGGCCAGGCACAUAUCCCUUUCUCCCUGGCUCUGUCCACCAGUCUUCUGGGGCAAGUGCUGGAGCAUCGUGGUCGCCGAGGCUCCCGCCCAAACGUCAAGUGGAGCAGGCUCUCACAGGAGGUGGACAGAGCUUUCCACAAGGAGACACCCAGACAUAGGUUUUCUGUAGAACUACACCAAUUCAUUAUUGAGGGAAGCCUCGAUGGAAGCAAAAGAACCAUGUGCCGUUAGAGAUGGGCAAAACACAGAAACACACUAUAUUUUUCACUGAGGCCAAGCAACAGCACGUUCUGUUAGGCAAGUCAAGAAUAUGUAAUGGAAUCUGAUGCACAGGAAAUAAAGGAAAAUUGUGCUUGGUCACUGAAUCCUAAGUUUGAAGCUGCUGCUGCAGGUCGUCCCCAAGACCACUGCAGAGAAGUGGAACGUGAGCUGUUUCAGGGGCCACUGAGUGACAGCUGGCACUGACCCCUGAGACUGGCAGACGUCUCCACCUGGGAGCAGUGACCCCCCCCUCUUCUGCAGGGUCCCUUAGGACUUCAGCAUCGUCCCCUUUAGAACCACGAGGAGCCCCCAGGAGGGCAGCCCUGGGCCAGGGAAGACGGGCUCUUCCUGCGGAGUCUCCUGCACAGACUGCUGGUCUGGGGUCACCAGGCUGUAGAGGACCUCGAGUCUCUUUUAAAAUGUAGUAACUACUUUGACUUUACACUCUGUGUUGCUAGUAGUUCAUUGAGCUUUGUAUAUUUGGACAGUUUCGUAUAGGGCUUAGAAAUUUCAAGGACAAGAACAUGAACUUCGAUCUCCCAUGUGAAGUGGUAGUGCUGUGCCUUUUCCCCCAGAUCAUGCUUUAAUUCUUUCUUUUCUGUAGAACCAACAGUUUUCAUUUAUGUCAAUGCUAAAUCCAAAGUCACUUCGGAGUUUGUUUUCCACCAUGUGGGAAUCGCAUUCUUAAUUUCCUUAAAAGUUUUGACUUGCAACGAAACGUUCAAGUAUUACAGCAAUAUUUAAAACCACAAAUGUGUUAACCAUCUAGCAGAUCAUCUGCCAAACACGUUCAGUGACUAGUGAAACGUAACCUUAACCCUUACAGAUUUCUCAUGGGACUAAGUGAGAGCUAGAUGCAACAGCUCAUCAAUCAUAUACCUAGAAGUAACAAGGAACCCGUCGCUUGGACGGCAGCACCCCAGUGUUAGAAACCCAGUGUUACUGACCCAAGAUGGUCAUUUCUGUCCUGUAGAAUGGCCUGUCCUAUCAGCAGGUGAACGCGUAAGCACAAAGCAUCACAAAGCACAAAGGAGAGAGACACUACGUUGAUGCUGCAUCUAGACACACCUUUAAGUCGCCUUUCCUGGUUGUAGUAGGUGUCCAGGCAAGUGGGGAGACAUGCGCACAGCCCUCCAGUGUGGGUGACUGGAGCAGCCCCCCAGCGCUGGGGUGAGCGUCCGGGCAUUAGUGAGAGGGGAUGCUGUGGAGGACUGUCGUUUCUGUGACUUUACAACUCCUGAAAAUCCAGUAGGAAUGAAUUCUGUUCCCUCCUUGAAUUGUUUAUUCCUCCUCAUGCUUAGGAUUGAUGACUUCGUGAAAUAGAGAACAUCAUUUCAUUCACGCGAUCCUUUCAUUAAGAUCUCUAAUCUGUUUUCAGUCUUUGCAAAAUAAGCCAGUUAUGAAAUAGGGCUUGAUUUGUUUAGACUAAAGGAUAUUUUUCCAAAAUAUACUACAGAAGCGCUGUAAUGUUUAUGAAAUUAAAAUGCCUUCCAGCCUGAAAAUGGGACGGCAGGAGUGGCACUGGCAGGUUGACACAGAUGCCUGCUUCCCUCCCUCCUCCCAGGCCCCGAGCCCCCCCAGCGCAAGAACCCUGGGAGUGGUGACAGAGACUGGUAAGGCGGGGGGCAGUGGGGAAUGGGGGUGCAGAGAAGAGGCUGGUGAAGGUCAGAGGGCCCAGAGCCAGCUGCAGGGACACUCCCCAGCAGUGACCAGGUCUGGGAGGCCCUCCCCGGGGGAAGAGCACGAGCCGCCCUGCCGGACCCCAUGUCGUAAGCUAUUUGCUUUUCUCAUUAUUUCAAGCAGAAAUCAGUAAAUUCCGUAACGAUCCGUCUUUACUGAAAUGUAAGCUACUGAGAGGCAACUGGUGACAGUCGAUCAAGUGUUUUCCCAGCCCUGUGGGAUCGCCUCCAGCCUCUGUCCCCUAACCAGUGACCUCGGGACGCUUCCAAGUGGCUUCCACACACACUCAAACACUAAGAAGGCUUCGUACCACUCUUUUUAUGAGAGGCUACUUUGAAAUAAGGACUUUCUUUCCAGUUUGUUUCACGUUAGCAGUGUGUACACUACUGUAUAUUAAUCAUUAGCUUUAUUAUCUUGUAAACCAGGCUCCUCUGAAGAGACUUUGGUGAGAUGAACGUGAGGUAAAAAUUUCAUUCGGCAAAAAGUGCAAUAUGUGUGGUACUUUAUUUUUUAUGGUCUUUUUUUAAUCCAGGGGUAUUAGUCUCUGCUUUGGGAAAAAUGCACUAGUUCUGCAAUUUCCAGUUGGGCAAGUGUGUCUCAGUAUGUACAUGCAACUGAUAGGCUGGUCCCUGUAAGGCAAGUAGAAUGUGUUAACAGCAGAAAGGUGUGUGUUCUGUUUUCAAGCCCCUGGGGAGCUACCUGACCCUGCACCGCCCUCCCAGUACCUCAGGAACAGAGAAGGGGGCAGAAGGUUCUCUACAGCUUCCCCUCUCCACUACCGUCUUAAAGACAAACGACUGGGGCCCACGGGAGAGGACGAGGGCAUGGCGCUGAGGUCUGCUGCUUCCAUAGGAACAAAACCCUUUCCCUCCUGUAUCAGACUUUGCCUCCUCGGAAAGAGAAAGCCGCCUCGGAAAUAAAGACCUGCUGGGCGCGUAAGCUGUUCGAGAGUCCCUCGGGUGCGGCUGGCCUGCCCCACCCUCUGAGGAGGAGGGCCUGGGUUGGGUCCUUCUGGGGAGGGGGCAGGCCACCCUCCCUCCUGCCAACUCCAGGCUCCUCCAGCUUCGCCCCUGCCCUGCCCCCACACUGUCCUUAGCACUAAGAGGGGGGAUGCCCCACUAGGAAGGGCUGGGGACAUCAAAGGAGCGGGGCUCCCCAUUCUCCGGGAUACGUUCAAAAGCCUCUGUCCUUAGUUACACCUAAGCACCCUUUUGGUUGAAAGGAAAUUCCUACUCCAGACCUCUUGCCACACCCCCCUUUCUCUAGAGCCCUCACAGCGCGCUGCUGGCACCACCGGGAGCAGCGAUGGAAUCCCUGCGCAGGGGGCUUACCUUGGCCACAUCUGUACCCCUGAACCGGGCCGCCCCUACUGCCUCCUCGGGAGCCACCCGAGCCGCUCGCUCUCUGUGUGCCUAGACAUCAAAGGGACAAACUGGAGAACAGGUAGUGAGUUGGAGUCAUUGCAUAGGCAGGGGUCUGGGGUUGCUGUGCUGCUUCAGGACAUUUUUACAGAACUUCUCUUCAGAGUGGUGUGUGUGGAAGACGAGCAAUAGCCUCUGCCUCUGUUUCAACACUGGACAGACUCUUUAAACGUAUGUGUCCCACCUGCCCAGGGGCCCCAGGGGGGGUCACUGAUCACAGAGCGCCCCCCGCUCGGCCUGUGGUCCCAGGAGGCGGCAGGGUAAGCUCAGACGGGUGUCCUGCCCGCGUCCCCUCUGGGACAGCAGCUUCAGGGUCACAGCCCCCCGCAGGGGAGGGGGGCACUGACAGCUCUGCCCCAAGUCAGCCUGCCCGUCUGCAAGGAGCAACAACUCCUAGCUGGACCUUAAUUCACCAAACAUUUCCCAGGGAAUCUCUUCUAAGCCUCACGACAAUUCUGUGAAAUUAGCAGGACGCAUACAGUCCUCACUUCACAGUUGAGGACACCAGAGCUCGGAAAGUUCUGGUGAACUGCCAGGCCUGUGGGGGAGCCAGGACCAGCUCUGGGGCUUCCUGGCUUCUCCCUGGGCACUCCCUCCCCUCCUCAGUAGCACCUGACUCUUCACAGCCAACAGCUGUGUCAUCUUAGUUAAGCACGGGGGUGGCAGUGGCUGUGACCCUGUCCCCACAAGCGUCUUCUCCCCUGGGCAGCUACCCCCAGGCGGCCGUGCGGGAGCAGCCUUAAGAGACACAGGCCCCAUACACCGCCCUCCUUCCAGGGUCCAGUUAACUACAGAAGUUUAGGCUCACAUCAAAGACAUCUAGUUUCUCCUAGUCACACAACCUACCAAUUUCCUAGAGCAUAUGGUGGAAGGGCACACACACCCUUCCCUGAUUGCAAGGGGGCCGAAAUGCAGGGCUCUGGCUCAGCACUGCAGCCCCACAGACCCAGCCCCAUGGAAGGAGGCCCUCGGAGAAGAAUCGGGAAAGCGGCCUGGUCUGCAGGAGGGGUGUGCCGUCAAGGUCCAUCAAAUAGAUUAGACACUUUUAGGGAUGAAACAAUACGCUUUGAAUACUUUGUCUUCUCAGAGGCACAGUGGGUGGGUAGAAGGGCGCUGUAAAAAUUGAAGUGCUAAAGAGCAUCCUGGGAAAAGAAGGGCACAGACUGGAAUUCUGUCCCAAGCGAGGAGAGCGAACUCAGACCCGCCGCUGGCUGUGCGGGGCCUAUCUGGUGCAAGAUCUGCUCAGUCCAGGAAAUCCAAGGAGGUGCCUUCCCACUACUCGUGGUGAAAGAAACCUGCCUCCACCAAAAUCUCUGGAGGGAAAAGCAGCAGAAAAGGUUUGCUUCUCUUGGGGGACUGCGAUUUAAGAAAUAAAAGUGAUCAAGAUAUUUGCACUUUGUAGAAAGGGCAAGAUUCUUUGCUUAUUUCUGAAAGGGGGAGGGUGGUCUUUGCUGGAUGUUUGGUUUGUGAAAAGAGUUACUUUUGAUAAAAAUCUGUAGUUAUUUUUUUCUGUGUUUUUUAAAUUACUAAGAGAAAUUGGUGAGUUCAAUAGCUUUGGUAUUUUGAGUGCAAAUCAUAAUAGUUCCAAUGUGGAAAAAAAUCAAAAUGGACCCUGUCUCUCAAUGUUAGGAAAUUGCCUAAAAUGCAGUUUAAUAAAUGAUCUUUGUUAUCAAAUGGUAAUUUACAUGGGGUAAUGUUCUGCGAGGAAAAUGUACUGUUUUUAUGUUUCCAACCUAAAAUUGAAUUAAAAUAAAAACAACUUGUUUUCUAAGA